UUCUCCUGCCUCAUUCUCCCCGCGAGCAGGUGAACUCACCGCCCACAGCCAUGUCCUGCUACGACCUCUGUGCCCCAACGUCCUGCGGCCCCACCCCGCUGGCCAACAGCUGCAACGAGCCCUGUGUCCGGCAGUGCCAGGACUCCACCUACGUGAUCCAGCCCUCGCCAGUGGUGGUCACUCUGCCCGGGCCCAUCCUCAGCUCCUUCCCCCAGAACACCGCCGUGGGAUCCUCGGCGUCCGCGGCCGUGGGCAGUACCCUCAGCGAGGAGGGGAUCCCCAUCAACUCGGGGAGCUCCUCCUCAGGACUGGGGGGAUUUGGGGGAUUUGGGGGAUUUGGGUACAGCCGGCCCUCCCGCCGCUACAGCUCCCGCCCCGGGGAGCCGUGCUAA